AUGGAACGGGAGCAUGCGUGCAUCUCUCUUCUGAUGCUCCUCGGCGUCGCGCUUGCGCUCGUCGACCCUGCCACCGCCGACAUGAAGGCGGCAUAUAGUAUCGACGCGGCCGUGCGGGAGCUGAUGUCGCCCCCACCGUCGUCAUCGUCGUCGAAGCUGGAGGACGGCGUUGCCCUGGAGUUCACCGCUGAUAUGGAGGUGCACCGCCGCGUCCUCGCCAGCAUCAGCCCGGGGUCCCUCAACCGCAACAGGCAGGCCUGCCUCGGGUCGUGCCCGGCGCGCGGAGGGUCGUACACCAACCGGGGAUGCCAGAGCAGGUUCCGGUGCCGUGGCUGA